GAUGGUAUCAGUCCACUCUUUAUUGCCAGUCAGGAAGGACACUCUGAUGUAGUGGACAUUCUGCUAGAGGCUGGUGCUGAUGUCCACCAGGCAACCACCGAGAUUGGUGCUGUUCCUCUGGAGAUAGCUGCCGGGGAUGGACAUACUGAAACAGUUCAGAGACUGUUGGAGGCAGGAGCCAACGUCAACCACCAGAACAAGGAAGGAACCACAGCCUUGCUCUAUGCAGGAUGGCAAGGUCACUCAGAGGUGGUGAAACUACUACUAGGAGCUGGGGCCAGAGACAUUCCUGAUAAGGGCAACUACGCCGAGCGAGUGGGAGCAGGAGCGCCCGUCUACCUGGCAGCCGUCAUGGAGUACCUGGCCGCUGAGAUCCUCGAGCUGGCCGGCAACGCCGCCCGCGACAACAAGAAACAGACGAUCCACCCGCGCCACCUACAGCUCGCCAUCCGCAACGACGAGGAGCUGAACAAACUUCUGCAGGGAGUGACCAUCGCCCAGGGAGGUGUCCUGCCCAACAUACAGGCCGUCCUUCUCCCCAAGAAGAGCGGAGGGAUGAGCAAACAGGCAUCUUCCCAGAGCCAAGAGUACUAG